CUUCUAAAAUAGUCACUAAGACUAUAAGCGUUAAUUUAGUUUGGGUGAACGACGAACCAAACGUUUCACAGUUCGGAGUGAGAGUGCGCCAGUCAUAAUCAUUAAGGCGAAAAUAAUGCAAUAAACUUGUAAAGUACUUGUAAAACUUGAAAAAGUAUUUAAUAUAAAAAUGUGGAUGAUUGUGUUUAUAUUUUCAUUAUGGAUACAAUUUAGUGUCCCUGCGUUCUUGACCACAUAUAUUUCAGCACAUGAAGAUUAUCACAUAGCCGGUAUUUUCACGAAGUCUUCGACCAUUCAACGUAAUGCAUUCAACGAGAGUUCGAUUUCUGCUACGUACCAGAAUCGAAGAUUACAAGCUGUUAUCAUUGAACCAAUAAGGGCUGAUAGUUAUUCGGCUUGGAGAGCACUAUGUAAUAAAAAAGGCGUACAGCCUGUAGCGAUAUUUGGACCACAAGAUGAAAUAGCCGACGGUGCAGUUCGUGACCAAUGCGCCUUAGUUGAGAUCCCGCAUAUUCAGGCAGCUUGGCAGCCUUACGACCCUGACUUAGAACUCAUCACACAGCCUGCGCAAGAAGAAAUUGAAAAAACAGACCCUGAAGAUACUCUUGAAGGAGAAGAACCGGGAGAAGAAGAAGAAAAAACUGAAGAAAGUGAAGUGGAAGAUGAAAUGCCAAAGUUUAAAAAGAUAACGAUAAAUUUCUUUCCCGAUUCUGAUGAAAUUUCUAUAGCGUUUGCAAACCUUUUGAAGUAUUACCGGUGGGAGAGCUUUGCUGUUCUUUAUGAAGAUGAGUUUGGGUUGUUACGUAUUCAAAAGAUACUCGCUCUAAUGACGACUGAGUUCCCUGUUGUCGUUAGGAAGCUGGAUCCUGAUGGUGAUAACUACAAUGUUUUAAAGGAUCUCUUAGCCUAUCAACAGAGCCGCUUUCUCUUGGAUUGCCACGUAGAUCGAAUCAAGAAGUACAUAGAAAUUGCUGGCGAACUUGAUAUGCUCAACCAUUAUCAGCACUACAUAUUUAUGUCUCUUGAUACUGGUAUAGUAGCUGACGAAAACUGGGUGCUGAAUGUUCGAUCCAAUGUCACCUUUCUCAGUUUGACGAAGUUCGAAGAACUGCAAGACCCGCAGAAUCGCCUUGCAUCGCGUGUUGGGAAAUGGAAAGCUACAGGAGGAUCUCCACCAGUCAACAAAUUCCCGUUGGAGUCGUUAAUUAUCGAUGACGUAGCAAACCACGUGGUUCAAGCUGUUAAAAACGUGGAGAUAAAAGUGGCAAAUGACGCUGGUUACACAGACUCCAGUCUUCUAAGCACAACUCAAUUCGCAUGUGGUAAUGAUGCAAAUAAGUGGGAGUAUGGUGCUUUAGUUCAGCACGAAAUAUUAAACACCACGACAAUGGGUAUAACAGGGAAUGUGCAAUUCGAUGACAAUGGAAAAAGAAUAAACUAUAUUCUAUACGUGACUGAAAAACAAGUGAAGCAAAAGGUAGGAGAACCUGAUGUGACCUGUGUGUUUGAGAGCAUAGCUCGAUGGAAUUCAGACACACAACAAAUUAUCGAUGACAGAAAUGAAACUGAGAUCGUCAGUGCCGACAUAAAUCGGCACACUUUUAAAAUAAUAGCAAAAGUGAGCAAACCUUUCUUUUCUAAAGUAACUUGUGAUGGUAAAGAAUGUCCUGAAGAUUACGAUGGACCUAAAUACGAGGGUUUCUCAGUAGAUCUCGUAGACAAUAUUGUUCAAAUAUUGAAGAGAGAAGAAGGAAAAGACUAUGAUUAUGAAUUUAUCUACGACCAAACUAUAGAUUAUGGAGAAUAUGACACUAAAACUAAAAAAUGGAACGGGUUAAUUGGACAAUUGCUGGAUAAGAAAGCAGACUUGGCGGUGUGCGAUUUAACAAUAACAGAGCAGAGAAAAAACGUUGUAGACUUUUCCGUACCUAUCAUGUCUUUAGGUAUCAGCAUUCUCUACAUUCAAGAACGUCAAGUGUCACCAGACACGUUCUCUUUCUUAUAUCCAUACUCUAUUGAUGUAUGGAUGUAUAUUGGUACAGCAUAUUGUAUUGUUUCUGUUGUUCUUUAUCUAUGCGCUAGGAUAUCGCCAGCAGACUGGGAAAACCCGCAACCCUGUGACAAGGAUCCGGAAGAAUUAGAGAACAUAUGGAAUUUCAAAAAUUGCGCCUGGUUAACUAUGGGUUCCAUCAUGACACAAGGAUGUGACAUUUUACCUAAGGCAUUUGGCAGUCGCUGGGUAUGCAGCAUGUGGUGGUUCUUCGCUAUGAUAGUGUGUCAAUCGUAUAUCGCUCAGCUGUCGGCCUCUAUGACAUCUGCUUUAGAAAACGAACCCCUCAAUGGCGUUGAAGAUUUACCUAAUCAAAAUAAAAUUCGUUUCGGAGCGAUUAAAGGCGGUUCUACUUUAGAGUUCUUUAAGCGUUCGAAAGACAAAACAUACAAAACAAUAUACGAAGUCAUGAGUAAGAAUCCAGCAUUAUUGGUGAAAACUAACGACGAAGGAGAAAAAAGAGUAAUCAGUGGCAACGGAAAAUAUGCAUUUUUCAUGGAAUCGAGUAAUAUUGAUUACAAACUCAAGAGAAAUUGUAAUUUGAAGAAAGUUGGUGAUUUGUUGGAUUCGAAGGACUACGGUAUUGCUAUGCCUGCAAAUUCUCCCUUCCGGAAGAUAAUAAACAAUGCAAUAUUGAAAUUAAAGGAACUCACCAUAUUAAGCAAUAUAACAGAUAAAUGGUGGAAUGAAAUGUACGGAGCGAAAGAUUGUUCUGCGGGUAAAGAAGACGCUCAAGACGAUAUAGAGGGCGACAUGGAAUUGGAAAACCUAGUGGGAUUGUUUCUGUUGACGGUCUUGGGGCUCAUCAUCAGUGUGCUCAUCACAGCCGGUGAAUUCAUGAACGAAGUGCGGAAUAUCGUUGUUCGUGAGCAGGUAUCUCACAAAGAGGCGUUUGUAAAAGAAUUAAGAGCAUCGCUGAACUUCUCACAAACUCAGAAACCAGUACUACGAAACCCUAGUCGAGCGCCAUCUAUGGUUAACUCUGAGAAAAUAGAGGUGCCUCUCAACCCUGAAGAGAAGAAGGAACGACGAUCUGCUGCCUUAGAAAACUUUCUAGAGCAUUGCUAAAAUAAUACAGCAAGAAAAUCUCACAGUGAUUGAACUCUAGAUGGAUACCACUAACUAAGAUAUUAAAUAUCGUACAUCCCCCAGCAAAUAACACAUUUGCAACACAAAGGUUCUUGAACUUAGUAUCGCGAAUUUUUGUAAUCAAUGGUAACAUUUUUUUUCAUGCGGUCCAUGUGAUUAGUUGCCGGCUGAAAUACUAAACAUCUGACUUGUAAUAAUAGAAUCUGAAUUGUAGUAAUAAAAUAUAUCUACUCGUAUAAUGUGAAAUUUGAAAACCGUUAAACUCUCGCCCGUUUUUUAUCAAAUAAUUUAAUAUUUUUGUUGUUUUCAACACGUAGCUUGUAUUAUAAGCUUGAAAUAGAAGAUUGUUAAUUUAAUGUUUUCAUGUAAGUGACAGAUAUCGUAAUGAGAAUAAAAGAAACUAGUUUUGUUUGUAAAGAUUUCAUAAUUUAUUUUUUAGAUACAUUUUACUAUUUUA